AAUAAAUCGAUAGUUCAUUGCUUGCUUGCGCGUUCAAACAGCAGGUUGACGUAAACUAUUAUGGAUCCUGAUUUAUUAACGAAUGUAAUAUCCGAAUCUACGAUAAGUUCGCCAGAAAUGGAUCUCAGUAUAAAUCCUGAAAGACAGAGAUUUCCCUUUUGCAUCGUUUGGACUCCACUGCCUAUUAUUACUUAUUUAAUACCAUUUAUUGGUCAUAUGGGAAUUUGUACAUCGACCGGUGUAAUAAGGGAUUUCGCUGGCCCGUAUCAUGUAUCAGAAGAUCAAAUGGCAUUUGGUAAACCUAUUAAAUAUUGGCAGCUUCAGUACACAAAAGCAAAAGGCGGUGUACAAGGAUGGGAUAUGGCUGUAUCAGAAGCCAGUGAAAUUUAUAAAGCCAGGAUGCAUAAUUUAUUUCUCGAUAAUUGUCACUCGCAUGUUGCGACAGCUUUAAAUUUAAUGGCUUAUGAUAACUCUACAAAAUGGAACAUGGUUAAAUUAGCUGCUCUUAUGUUUAUAAAAGGAAGAUACGUUAAUUUUUAUGGUUUUCUCAAAAACUGGUUGCCAUUUUUUAUACUUGUCAUCAUCGUAGUAACACUCGAUUUAGUUUUGGAACUAUAAUCUGUACAAUUUAUUUCAGUAACGCAUGUGGAUAAAUAAUAAUAAAUGUCAGCGAUUUUGUUAU